AGCCGAGAGGUAAUGCUUGGUCCUUCAAAGUGCUCAAGCAGGACUGAUGGUCCAGUAUCUUUUUGAUUCUCUAGUGCUACUUCUUAUAACCUCCAUAGGAGUAUAGUGGUGGAGAACCACAAAAAGUUAGACCGCUGGCUGCUCCUGGCUUGCAGACACCAUCCGAGCGCACUUUCCACUCAGACUGUCAUCGUUCAGAUCACAUCGAAUAUUAUCCUCGGUCUAAACCGUACUUGCGACGCAAUUCAUUUUGUAGCAGGGGCUUGUGCGCAGGCAUCCCUACCAAGAUACCAACGACCUCGAAUUUUGAUGACAGUCUUUCAAUCAGAUUGACCUAUCAGCCCAGUGGAUUUCUCCGCUGGUUGACCGGCUGCUCUUAUCACUUGUUGCGCUUGUCGUGGACCAGAACGGUUGGCCUUGAGCUCUUCGGUUCGGUCGACAGCAAGUUGCAGCUUUCCUAGACUUCGCCCCUCCACUUAAGAUGGCAGGCGUCCAUCAGCAGAUGGGAGGACCGUAUGAAACAGAUUCCAGUAAUAUUAAGAUCGGAGGGGGCAGCGCGGCACGAACUGAGGACAGGGACUACAUCGAACCAGAGCCACAUCUUCUGUGGACUGUCGAUGAAUUCUUUAAAUGGUCGCUCUAUAGAGCUGCCAUCGCUGAGUUUAUUGCCACUCUCCUCUUCGUAUACAUUGGCGUUUCUGCUGCCAUUGGAAAUGGUCGUACCAGCCCCGAUGGAGUCGGAGCUCUCGGUGUUGCAUGGUCUUUCGGCGCCACCAUAUUUGUGCUUGUCUACUGCACAGCUGGUGUUUCAGGAGGACACAUUAACCCCGCAGUUACUUUGGGACUACUUCUGGGUAGGAAGCUUUCAGUUCCUCGGGCUUUCAUCUACAUGAUUGCCCAGAUGGCAGGGGGUAUCUGUGGUGCAGGAAUCGUGAAGGGAUUGCAGAAAAAUCCAUUCCAGGUACUGGGCGGCGCUACGAAUACCGUCAGUGCAGAUUUCAGCAUCGGCACAGGUCUGGCAGCAGAAAUCAUCGGGACUUUCUUCCUGGUUUACGUGGUCUACUCUGCCACUGAUGCUAAGCGCAAGGCCAGGGACUCGCAUGUGCCGGUGCUCGCCCCAUUGCCCAUCGGGCUUGCAGUUUUCGUUGUCCAUCUGGCGACCAUUCCCAUCACUGGCUGUGGAAUCAACCCUGCACGAAGCUUCGGCCCGGCUGCUCUCUGGAACCACCAGCAAGCUUGGGAUGACCAGUGGAUCUUCUGGGUUGGUCCCUUCAUCGGAGCUACCUUGGCUGCCGCCUAUCACCAGUUCGUCAUCCGUGCUUUGCCGCUAGGAUCACACUUCCUGUUCCCGACCAUGUCCAUGUCCGGCUCCAUGAGAAAACUUGAGACCAAGCUCUCAGGGUGAGGACGAAAAAACCAAGGACAGUAAAUCUGCUGACAACAAAAUGUGAAGCUCAUGCUCAGGCUCGAGUACAUACACUGAUCUGCAGCUGCACGUACCACUCUACUGUAAAUAACAACGAAGAAGUUCUUAUACAUAGCCGGGGAGAAACCACGCGCUGAAGAUUCAGCAUCAACAAGGGUAAAACCUGAAAUCAUCUAUUUGAAGAGGACUAGGAUUACCAUCACAUUUAGAUCCAUGCUAAAAACUACAGAAAUUUUCAUGCUUCAUACUUUGCAAUUAGGACCGAUCAAGACUUCAAUGUGGUAUAUAUACGAGUGCUCUUUCCAUUCCAAAAAAGGCUAAAAAGCAGGCAACAAGCAUAGACCUCAGCUUCGAGGAAUCGAAAACGAGAACCCUUGUGCAUACCAGAAAUCUGAAAGUUUCGUAGUUUCCUAUUACGUUAGUUUAGUUCUCUUCCGAAGGCCGACUGAAGCAGUUUAGACAGUUCACUUCCUAAGCUCGUAGGUAUCAUUAACUGAAUAUGCACAUAUUCCUGACCGUAAUGAUCUGACUUAGGCUGUGGUCAUUUCAGAAGGCUUUCAUAGACUUGUCUAUCCUCUUUAUAUCCCACCGAAUCGAUUAGCUAGGCUCUCCCAUUGGCACAAAAACCCAACUGUACAAAAACCGAUUUUUUUUCAGGUCUAAGUUCAGAUGAGUUGGUUGUCGGCUACGCACUUUAUACUCUUCUUAUCAUAAAGGAGACUCUGGUACUAGCUCCUGUCAGUGAGCACAAUUUUGUUAAUAAAGAGUGAGCGGAU